CACAAUUACACUAUUUUGAGUGAAGCUGAUACAAGACAACGCCAAGAGGAGGACAUAAGUAGAGUAUCAACUGUACUCUCGAUAUCAAGAUCAACAGCGUGUGUCCUUCUGCGCCAUUAUAAUUGGAGUGUCAGUAAGGUUCAUGAUGAAUGGUUUGCAGACGAAGAGAAGGCCCGGAAAGCUGUCGGUUUGUUGGAGCAGCCAGCGGAUAUGCCAAAUGGUAGAGAAGUCGGAACUUUGCAGAGCAUACUCCAGCAAUCCGAUCCACAUCGGCGGGAAAGCCAUCAGUUUCUGUUCGUCCAGCAUCAACCAUCUUUAUAUAGGGUCGCCCAUUAUGGAGACCUUGCUACUACUACAACAACUACUAAUACUACUACUACCUGGAGGCGGAUGAGGGCGUCGAUCUCGGCGUUGUGGUGGCAGAGGUGGGAGAGGAGGAGGUCAUAGGCGAGAGGGGAGGGGGAGGAGCCCACCGCGGCGGAGGCGG